CGGUCAACAACUCUUCCCACGACAUGACAAGCCGGUGCGAGCGACCGCUGGGCCCGCUCCCCCUUCGAGCGCGCCCGGGCGCCCCAGCAACCGUCGAAGAAGAUCCCCCGAGCCUGCUCUGCACUCUGGUGAUCGCGAACCGGAUUCAUCCCAUACGAAAUCACCCCACACGAACCGCGUCGUGAAGAAAGGAAAAACCGGACCCGACGCAGACCCAUUCACGGGAGACACCCACGCCCCAAACUCCAAUACGGUGAACAACGCACCACCAUCCCGACCAC